UUGAGCCUUUCUUUUAAUGGGUUAUUAUUAUAUCAGGGUAAAGUUGGCCCAAAUUACAUGUUCCGAUCCACUGAGUCGGCCCAUGUCUACGUGUAUGCUGACAUGGCACUGACGUGGCCCACCCCCCACUGGUAUCCAGCUGCACCAAAAUUACUACUUGCAGAGAAUAUCUCCCUCUCUCUCUACAGCUUCGUUUUGAGUCGAACCCAAUUCACACAAUUAAUUAUCUCAUCCCUCCCAAAACCACCCCUAAAAAAUACAAUCCGGAUCCCUGUUCAACCCGGGCUUCACUGAAGAAAGGUGGUGAAAAUGAAUAACGACAAAUCCAUUUCAAGAAUCUCACAUCACCGCUUCUUCUAUCCAUGACCUAAACCCUCAAUUUUUCUCUCCUGUCAACUCGACGAAUAUACAAUCCUUCUUUUUUUCUCUUUCAGGUCAACUCCCUGUAUCUGUAUCGUUCUUACUUAUAUUCUGUUUUUUGCAGCAAAAAGAUCGAAUCUUGUUGGCUUUUUUUUUUUUUUUUUUUUUUUUGUCUCAGUAGAGGCGGAAGAAACCCUUGGUUUAUUUGUUAUUGUUUGUGGCUAGAAAUCUUUAUUACUUCGUCUUUCGUGUUUGGAUUGGCGAAAGAUUUUUGAUUUGUUCAUAAUCGAAGUGACCCACCCUCUUUGUUUUCUUUUGCCCCUUUUUCAAUUACGAAGAUGUGGGCUUUUUGAUUUGGUUGACUCGCUUGAAUAAAGCUAGGGUUUUUUCUUUUCUGCACCCCAUCUCACGAGUUGACCGGGAGCAAUUUUGGGUUUUGAUUUGCAAUUGAAGUUGGUUUAAUUCUCUUAGCCUUGAUUUUCGCUUGAGUUAAUCAGUUGAACUAGCUGGGUCUUGGAAUCUAGACUCAAGAAAUUAGGUUGUUGUUUCGAUGCAACAGUAGAAAUGCUGUUUUCUUGCAACUGCAACUAGGGUUCAAAUCCUUUUCUUGAAUUUAGGAAACACUUCCAAGCUUCAUUAGUUUGGACACAAAUCAGAAAGUUGUCUCUGAAGAUAAGUGUCUUUUUUUUUUCCUCGUUGUAAGGGAAAAAUUAUCGUGGCCCGUGAAUCUCAAUGGCAGAAGAGAACACUAGUACAAUGAACCUCGAUCUCAAUUUAGGACCUGUCGAUAAUUCCAGUGAUGAUAGUGGUGAACCUCCAUCAGGGUCCUACCCUAAUGUCACUAUGAACUUGGAGGAUUGGUUAGACGAUCCAGUUCAACGUGUUCGAGAAGUCGUAAGGAACAGAAAUCACCGGUGGCGUUCGUUGUGGAGGCAACUCCCGAUCCCCACCGAAACACGAAACCUUGCAAGGGAAUUAAUCGGUGGAGAUUUGCCGCACAUCGGCGAGGGCAGUGUUGCAUCUGACGAAAGGCCUGCUGACGUGGCCAACAAAGCCUGCGAGAAUUGCACUGGCUAUGUUGAAGAAGAUGCUCUCGGUAAGAAGAAGGAUGGGGAGAAAAACAACGGGGAAGAAGGGAGUUUUUUCGAUUGUAAUAUAUGCUUAGAUUUGGCUAAAGAUCCAGUUGUUACUUGUUGUGGUCACUUGUUUUGCUGGCCUUGUCUGUACCGAUGGUUACAUCAUCAUUCGGAUGCUAAAGAAUGCCCUGUUUGUAAAGGAGAGGUCACUGUAAAAAACGUGACCCCAAUUUACGGUCGAGGUAAUAAUCACACAAAAGAGCCCGAAAUUGAUUCGAGUCUGAAAAUCCCUAUUAGGCCAGCUGCACGAAGAGUAGAGAGCUGGAGGCAAGCUAUUCAGAGGACUGCUUUCACUAUUCCAAUGGAGGAAAUGAUCAGGCGACUCGGUAGUACGUUCGAUUUAAGCCGCGAGUUAUCGCAAAUACAAAAUCGAAACUCGGACAAUCCACGCGAAUCACCCGAGAGAAGCAACACCUUGCUGAACAGAAUCUUGACUUCUCGAGCUAUUCGCAGAGAGCGGGGGCCACCACCCCCAGAUGAUGUCAUUGACUUGACAGACGUCGGCCCCACGAACUACGAGACGAGGGAUAACAAUAAUAACAAUAAUAACAACCGGAGGCUUUCGUCUAUGUUGCUUAGGAGAUCGAACUCGCACCGGGCGGCUUCUUUGUCUAACUUGGCUUCUGCGAUAAACUCAGCUGAGAGUUUAGCUGCAGUAGAAUCGUAUUUCCACAUAAAUCCUGUGGAGAGAAAUCAAGAACUGCCACCGCCAUUCGAUGACAGGGAUUCUUUGUCCAGCAUAGCUGCAGUGAUACAUUCGGAGAGCCAAACGGUGGAUAACGCUAUUGAGAUUGAUUCGACUGUUUCGCUAUCGACUUCUUCUUCUAGAAGGAGGAAUGACCCUUCUAGAGUUUCGGAUGUUGACAGUGGAGAUUCGCGUGCGCCUCGGAGGAGAAGAUUGAACUGAGGAUACCGAAAGAAGAAUAAGAUAGAUUUUAUUACAGGUGAAGCCAUGGUUUAGGUACUCCCAUUGAACUUUUUUUUUCUUUCCCUACAGUCUUAAAGUCAUUAAUAGUAGUAUAUCUAUCUAUUAUGUGAUGUAUGUGUUGCAAGUUUUGUUCACUAGAGUUGGGCAUAUUUUUAAUUUACCUGCAUUGUAAUUGAAUGUUGUAGUGUUGUGAUGUGAUGUGAUGUGGCAUAUCAAAUUUGUAAUGUAACAACCAAGGUUGAUUUGUUAGUUGUUCUACUACUUUCUGAUUGUAACAAUUUAUCCAGAGAUUUCAUUAUUACAAGAGAAUUGGGCUCUUCUUCUU